GAAAACUAAUUAACUGCCGAGUGGAUAGCAGAGGCCGGGCAGGGCUUUGGAGCAGGCUUUCUGGAGGGCAGAGAGGAGAGCAGUGUGGUGUGUCGAGGUUCCACUCUCUGGUUCUCUGUUUGCCAGAGAUAACAUGGAGCAAGCCAGGCUUUGGCCUCUCGUCUUCCUGGGCCUCUCCAGAGUUCUGGCACAGACAAAUUUGGAUGAGAAGGUAUUUGUGUUCCCGGCAGCUUCGGGCAAUGCCUACGUCCUGUUGAAACCCCACAUGCCGGAACCGCUGCUCCAAUUCACCGCAUGCCUCAGGUUCUACACCGAUUUGACCCGCUCGUUCGCCCUCUUAUCCUGUGCUUCUAAGAGCCACGACAAUGAAAUUCUCCUCUUCAAGCACAGCCCCACGGAGUACCACAUCUGUGUGGGUGGGAAUUGUCUCUCCUAUAAGGCGUCUGGGAACACAGACCAAGGCAGGCACUGGGAGAAUAUCUGUCUGGCGUGGAAUUCGACUACAGGGAUUGUUCAGCUUUGGGUCGACGGGCUGGCGUUGCCCAGGAAAGGACUAUCCAAAGGCUAUGUUCUCAAAACGGAUUUGGUGAUGAUGCUGGGCCAGGACCAAGAUUCUUACGGAGGUUCACUUGAAGAACACCAAUCCUUUGUGGGGGAAAUGGCCGAGGUGUAUAUGUGGGAUACAGUCUUGUCCCAAGAGCAAAUGAGGAGGAUUCGGAAGAACACCAUGUCUGCCUCGAUAUUGGACUGGACAGCUCUGAACUUUGAGAUCCAAGGCUACAUAGUCUUGGAGCCCGCUUUAGAUUGAGGCCUGAAAGCUAUGACUGGAUGGACAUCUCUGAACUUUGAGAUCGAAGGCUACAUAGUCUUGGAGAUAUUGUUGCCAGGUCCUAUCCGGAGUUUGAGAAACAAGAGAGAGGUCACUCUGGACUACUUAACAAAACACAACCCAAAGGUUGUAGCAGGGGUGGCCAAAUCAUGGCUCAGGAACAAUAUAAGGCUCUUUCUCAGAUAUUGUGUGGCUCUUGAAGCCCCCAUUGCUCUGUUAGCCAGCUUGGAAAAGUCUUUUCUCUCUUUAAAUCACUUAUCCAAGCCAACUGGCAGUUUGGAGAAUGCAUUUAAAGUUAAAGUUGCUUUCUUUCAACCUCUACCUCCCCUCCAUCCCUUUGCUUUCUUUCCUGUCUUGCAGCUCUCAGACAUCUGCUUUUAGGUUAAGCAAGUUUGGCCACCUCCGGAUCAUAGUGACCAGAAUUACUAAACAUAUGAUGUACUUCAAUAAUAAUCACAGGCAAGGACAAACAAUAUUGCAACUCUACAAUUUCAUCUGAAAAAUGUUUAAUCCCAAUGAAAUGCAGAGUCCCAAUGUACAGGAAGUCGCCUUUGGGCUCCUCCUUCGAGAAAUCUUCCAGCAAAGGUAUACUCGACUUCUCUAAUAAAGACAUACUGCAUAGUA